UAAGCAGCAUGUUUAACCUGGGUUUGUUCAGUGUUUGUGGUGUCCCAGUUUCUUUAUUGUUCCUGUUGUUGGUUGGCUAAAGAGACUCCAUGACCAUGUUGACCAGUCUUCUUCUUCUCAGUGCUGCCUUUGCUCUGGGAGAUGCACAAUCACUUCUAGAAGAAGACUUGUGUCCUUCCGGUUGGACCAAAUAUGGAUCAAGCUGCUUAAUGUUUGUAAAGACUACAAGGAGCUGGCCUGAAGCAGAGAGGCACUGUGUGUCCCUUGGUGAUCAACUGGUGUCUGUACCCAACGUUGUGAAGUACCUUGGCGCAAACCUGGCAUCUGUGCACAGCUCCGAGGAGGAUCACUUUCUACAGGCGUUGGUCUUGGUGAAGACUGUUGGUUUCCCACCUACCUGGAUUGGCGGAUUUUAUUCUGUUAAGGACAGGCGGUGGUCCUGGAGCGAUGGCUCUGACUUUGAUCACCAGAACUGGGCUAAUGGAAGGCCCGCUGCUGGUGCCAGAGACACUUGUAUUCAUAUCAACUUUGGAGGUCAAAAGCGCUGGAACAAUGCAUUAUGUGGAAGCAGCUUGCCCUCGGUGUGCUCCCUGAGACUCCUGCCUCUUCGUCAGACUAUACAUUAAAAGCAGCAAUGCUAUUCCGUAGUGUCUGCAUCCUUAAUACUUCAUGGUAACGUCAUACUUUGUUGCUGUUAAAUGAAGUCUCAUUUACUACACAAAUAUUGAGGACUUGUUUGCAGCCAAUAAAAUGUGGACACUA